AAUUGUGUAACUGUGAUUUGUGAAUAAAUUGUGAAUCAAGAUUUCAGAAAUAAACCUGGUGAUUUCAGAUCUAAUUUAAAUUUAAAUACUAAUGAUUUUUUAAUUAGGUAUAUAUUUUAUAAUUGAACAACAGAGUGGUAUUUGAAUUCUUGUUCUCGUAAUUAAAUUAAAGUUCAAUUUAUUGCGAUAAUUUUAAAUUUGACAUUGUACAAUUUUAAGUAUGUUAAGUCUAGGCAAAUGUUUUUGUGGUAUAGGUCCAAAGAUGAGUCCUAAUUUUACAAUUGGCAAAAGUUUGCUAUUAAGAUCCAAACAACUAUCCAUCACUCGUCAACCAUCCAUCCACAAUACACCAAUGUCAUCAAAUUUAAAUUUAAAUGUGUGGAAAAAAUCUUUUAGUAACAUUCAAAAAGUAGAAACCGAUCCGAAAUAUGUUGGUUAUUGGUUUCUUGGUUGCAGUGGAAUGGUUUUUGUAGCUGUUGCUUUAGGUGGGAUCACCAGGCUGACAGAGUCUGGACUAUCUAUGGUUAGUUGGAAACUUUUAGGUGAAAAAUUGCCUACUACUCAGACUCAGUGGUUGGAAGAAUUCACUAAAUAUCAACAAUAUCCUGAAUUCAAAAUGAAAAAUUCUUCUAUGACUAUGGAAGAGUUCAAAUGGAUAUGGUGGAUGGAGUAUGCACAUAGGACUUGGGGUCGAUGCAUAGGUGCUGCAUUUUUGAUUCCUAUGGCCGGCUUCUGGUUUACUCGUAAAUUUAGCCGCACUACUAAAAUACAUUCUAUGAUUUGUGCUGUAUUGUUAGCAGGACAGGGUUUGAUGGGAUGGUAUAUGGUAAAAUCUGGUCUAGAAGAUAGAUUUGACAAGCCCACAGACGUCCCAAGAGUAUCACAGUACAGAUUAGCUUCCCAUUUGGGUUUAGCAUUUGUGUUGUAUUCAUUUCUUUUAACAAACUCACUACGCAUCCUCCUACCAGUUACAGUAACUGGAUUUGUUACUAAAAAGUUUCUGGGACUGGCAAUGGCAGCUAAAGGAUUAGUCUUUUUAACUGCUAUGUCUGGUGCAUUUGUGGCCGGUUUAGAUGCUGGAUUGGUUUAUAAUUCUUUUCCAAAAAUGGGUGACAAAUGGAUACCAGAUGAUAUAUUGCAAAUAGAACCUGUACUUAGCAACAUCACGGAGAAUCCUACCACAGUGCAAUUUGACCACAGAAUAUUGGGAAUAAGUACUGUUUCAAUUUUGUCAGCUUUAUAUGUUAUGUCUCGAAAAAGUAAGCUGCCUCCAAGAGCUAAAGCGGCUGCCACUGCUUUAGCAGCAUUUUCAUGGUGCCAAAUGGGAUUAGGAAUUUCUACACUUCUUACUUAUGUUCCGGUUUCACUAGCUGCUGCUCAUCAGUCAGGGUCACUUACUUUACUUUCACUUGCUUUAUGGCUUGUACAUGAACUUAAAACAUUACCUAAAAUAUAAAUUAUUAGAUUAAUUUUAGUGUAAUUUAAGAUUAAAAUAAAUAGAGUAAGUAUUUUUAAAUGAUUAAAAAAUUGUUUUUAUACAAGUA